AGCAUAUAUGGAGCCAACCCCACUGGGUGAGAUUAAAUGCUUCAUAGCGGGGGAGCUACUGAUCCCUUGAUCGGCAUUGACCUUCUCCAUGCUAUCGUUUAGAAAGCCUCACCUCCGACCGGUCCUUUUGUCAUCAUGUCUUCCUCAUCGAAGGACAGGCUUCUCCUGUGUAUUUGGCCGCUGCUGGACAGUUGUAUCAGGGUCAUUAGACUAGCUUCCGAGAUACAGUUCGAGGAAGAUUUAAGCACAUCGCAGGAUCAAGCUCUCGCGGUACUGAUAAACUUAAAUUUCGAAAUACAACGUUCACUUCGGUACAUCCUGGAGCCGAUUACGCUGCCGAUUCCCCUCUUUACCUCUGUACUUCUUGGGUCAACCUGGGCGCUCGACUUGUUUGAGCGGCGGUUGCGAUUGUACCGAUUCUCCAGCCACGGCAGAGAGUAUGUUUGUGACUCGUGGACCCGACUCAUUGAGACGCUGCAACAAUACACCAUGAACCUUCAAAGAUUGACCAGCACGUCGGACCUGGAUUCGCCCGACGCCAUUUCCGAUGCUUCUUCCCUCCAACGACUAUUUAACAGCCAAAAUAAUGACGUACAACAGGAACUGGAGGCCCAGAUUCGGUAUGAAGGGCGGCCCUGGGAUGUUUCCCCUGACACACCAGGCUAUCUAGACGUACAGCCGGAGUAUCCGCCAUCCACCUAUGCUACCCCGCCAAGCAGUAUCGCUGAUGGGGAUAUCUACGACGACCUUCCCGCCAUCCCUGGACCUCCUCUCCAAGCUCCCAGUCUCCUAUUCAAGGAGCAACAACGUCAAGCUGCUAUCCAGCAAGGCCGGGAGAGGGAGCGUGAGAAGUUCUACGAAACCCUGAAAACGGUCUUGCUAUCCGACGGUAAAGCUUCGGAAAAGCAGCGAUCCAGCCACCUCAUGGGCGCAAUAAAGUCGGACUCCGUCCACGGCGUCAACAUUUUUCUUGAUCUAGGGGCGGAUGUGAAUGAACAGUGUGACGACAAUCUGCCGUUGUGCCUGGCAGCCAAGCGUGGACACGACAGGGUCGUGGAAACCCUCUUAGAGCGAGGAGCGGAGAUUGAUAAGCUAAGUUCGUACGGCAGCACCGCGCUGCUGUCUGCGGCUGGCACUGGCCGUGUCUCUACCAUCGGCCUUCUCCUGGACAGAAAAGCAAAUAUGGAAGCCAGAAGUACGUCUCCUCACUAUCUAGGAUAUACACCGUUAAUGAGGGCGGUGAAAUCCGGCCGUAUGGAUGCCAUUCGAGUGCUUGUCGAGAGAGGUGCGAAUGUCAGGACCCAGAAUGACGCAGGGGAAUCCUUAUUGCACGUUGCCUUGCGCGACGGCCGUAAAGAGAUCAUCGAACAAGUGCUUGGGUUGCAGCCUCACCCUGGGGCUGUGGACGUGAAUGACAACUCGUGGGGCCGAUGAAGUGCCACAUUCUGACAGGAAUCCGUAAUAAGGAGACGCCACUGCAUUGUGCAGUAAAAGCGAAGAAAUACGAGUUAGUUACGCUGUUUCUCAGUGAAGGAGCGAUGGUUGAGUGGCGAGACAUACAUGAGAAGACUCCUUUGCAUCUCGCUGUGGAAGCGGGGUGCCAGGAAAUCGUGCAACUGCUUCUCAACGCGAAUG